AGGGGUGAAAAGAAGCUCUGCCCAUCCAGUGAGUGGCAAAUAAAGAGGGGUUUUUGAGGAAGAGGAAACAAAAGUCUACCUUUGACAGAGAGGCAGGAUCCUCACACCAGUUCCCUGAGACACGCUACCAUGUCCUCCCUGGAGAACAUCCAGUACCACGGCCUUCUUCUGCCCCCUGUGGCCCACACCAAGGAGAGCUUGGAGUACGCUGAGAAUUUUGUUGUGAAGGACACUGAUGUGUUUGCUGUUACCUAUCCCAAGUCAGGCACCACCUGGAUGCAGGAGAUCCUGCCUCUGGUGCUGAAUGGAGGGGAUCUGACACCAGUUCAGUCCACUGUCAACUGGGACCGUGUGCCCUGGUUGGAGGAGACCAGACUGGCAGAGGUUGUGGAUAAGAUGAAGUCUCCGCGUGCCAUGGUUUCCCAUUUUCCCUACAACCUCAUGCCCUCUUCUUUUCACAGCUCUAAAGCAAAGGUGAUCUAUGUCAUGAGAAACCCCAAAGACAUUUUGGUGUCUUCAUUCUACUUCCACCAAAUGGCUGCUUUCCUUGAGAAUCCAGGAACUUUUGAUGAGUUCAUAGACAAGUUCCUGGAAGGCAGAGUGCUUUUUGGGAAAUGGACAGACCAUGUGAAGAGCUGGAAACUGGCAAAGAUUGCGGACAGAAUUUUAUUUUUGACCUACGAAGAGAUGGUUCAGGACCUGCCUGCAGCCAUCAGGCGUAUGUCGGACUUCCUGUGUCGAAAUCAUAGCGAGGACGCCAUUCAGAAGAUUGCAGAACAUUGCACCUUCAAGAGCAUGAAGGCCAACACCAUGUCCAACUUUAGCCUGGUCCCCAAGCAAUACAUGGACAGCGACAAGUCUCCUUUUCUCAGGAAAGGUGUUGCUGGAGACUGGAAAAACCACUUUAACUCGGAGCAGGAUGCCCGCUUCACAUCAGUCAUUCAGAAGGAGCUGGAGGCAGCAGGCCUGUCUUUCCCUUAUAACUGAGCACACAGAAAGCACCGAAAAUAAUAGAAUCAGAGAGAGGGAAAUUCAAGGCCUGUUGAGCCAUUUUGAUUGAUGCUAAUUGGAGUUAGAGGUUCAGCAUUUGGGGUUUCAUGUAUAGAAAAGAUUCAUUUUCUGCAUUUGUACUCAAAACAAUUCAAUUGUUCUGAAACAGCAUUCACCAAGACAAACAAGCAAACAAAAUGAGUUUGUAAAACACCACAGAGCUGCAACUGUGCCCUGCUACACUGAUCACCUCUCUGGAAGCCUUUUCCAUAAUCCAGGAAAGCUAAACCCCAUAUACACAAAUAACAUAGACAGUUGAUGAAAGAAUUUACUACAUAGGACCUUGUGGUCUUUGUAGUGUUUCUGUGGUGAAGGUCUUCCACAUGCAGACCGACAGUGGUGAUGAAAACCUCUCAGCUGCCGUGUCUUGUUGCAGCAUUUGGCUACAAAACCACUUUACAGAAGUGCCGUGCAGCAGGAAACGCAUCACAGCAACACUUCAGCAGCAUAAAAAGAAAAAAAGGGAGACAAAAACAGUGAAGCUAAUAUCUGAUUUCAGCUACCCCAUUUGCUGUGUGUGAAUAAUGACUAUUUUUAAUGGUGCAAAUACCUUGUUUUAUUAAUAUUAACAUUUUUUUUCGUUAAAAUCUUUGAUGACAAAUCACUUUUAUAAAAAUAGAAUAUGUGUUAACAGGAAAUCACUUCAACUGAAAAUAAUCAGAAAUAUGUUUAUAUGACAGAUGUUUAGAUUUUACUGAUUACACUUUUUUCUAAAGACUACUACUUGUUCCUGUGAUCCCAAAUCUGUGUCUGCUCACUAACUGUGUCAGUUGUGUAAUCUGUGUCUACUCACUCACAACACAAAUUGGCUUAACGUUAACUCAACACAAGAACAAAAUUAUCUCUUUAAAGAUUUACAGUUCAGGGUUGAAAAGUUAAAAUAUUUCAAAAAUUAAACCAAGAGUCAGUGUACUAUUAAAACGUAAUAAAUUCAUAAUAAAAUUACA